AAGUUUCACAUGCAGGAUUUUCCAACACUACCCUGUGUACAAUUACACUGAUGUAGCACAUUACAUCCUAAUGUGAUGUCCCGCGGUAUUCUGUAAUACUUGGGAAAUUUGUGGUACUGACUGUUUGAAUUGCACAGCAACAGGUCCAGUGAGAGACUCAACUUGAGGCCAUGGGUCCACCUUUGGCACGCAUCGCUCUUUCAGAGCUCAGUCAUCGGUGGGGGCAACUUCGAUUCCGCCUAAAGAACAAAAAAGCGUGGACUCAAAUGGUUGAUGAGAUUUUCAUGCUACAAAGCCAGAGAGUGAAUGACAUCCCUCUCUUCUUCGCUGCCCAUGAGAAUGCCGUUGGUUCCAUAAAAAAGCUCCUUAAAUGUCCAUCCACAGAUAUCUUCGAAAGAGGGGCCCUUGGGGAGACUGCACUCCAUGUGGCAGCACUGGCAAAUCACCUAGAGGCUUCAGUGGCUAUAAUGGAAGAGGUUCCUGAGCUCAUAAAUGAGCCCAUGACCUCUGACCUCUACCAGGGUCUGACCGCGCUUCACAUUGCUGUGAUGAACCAAAACCUGGACUUGGUAAAAGAGUUAAUUGCCAAUGGCGCUGAUGUAGCAACUCCUAGGGUGACCGGGAUCUAUUUUAUGAAAAGAAGAGGAGGACUCUUGUACUAUGGCGAACACAUUGUGUCUUUCGCUGCUUGUGUGGGAAACGAAGAGAUUCUCAGUGCGCUGAUCAAUGCUGGAGCCAACAUCAGGGCGCAAGACAGCUUUGGAAACACAGUGCUGCACAUUCUUGCUAUGCAAAAUAGUAAAGAAUCUGUUACCAAAGUUAUUGACAUCUUCUUGGCAUCGGAUAAAGAGCUGAACAGAGACAUACCAUUGGACCGCCAGACCAACUACCGGGGAUUAACUCCCUUAAAAGCAUCUGCUAAGGAGGGAAACAUGUUGGUGUUUCAACAUUUGGUCAAUAGCAGACGGCGAAGCCAGUGGACUUUGGGCCCUCUCAACUCCCAUCUUUACGACCUGACGGAGUUUGACUCAUAUGGCGAUGAAUUCUCUGUACUGGAGAAUGUCAUAGUGAGCCAUAAAAAAGAGGCGAGGAAGGUACUAGAUGUACCUCCAGCAAAACAGCUCAUUGAUCUCAAGUGGAAGUUAUAUGCCAAGCAUUAUUUUAGGUUUUUGGCACUACUGUACCACUUGUACAUGGGGAUCUUUACUCUCUGCUGUGUCUACCGCCCACUGAAGCCAAUCCCAGAGAAUUACACCCUGAUACAUCAGGAUAAUACCAUCUAUAUUCCAAAGACUCUGGAUGAGAGCUACUUAACGUAUAAUGACCAGCUACGAUUAGUGGGAGAGAUGAUCAGUGUCCUGGGUGCUUUUAUUAUACUUGUACUAGAGAUUCCAGAUAUAAUGAGAAUUGGACCCAAGCAAUAUUUUGGUCAGUCGGUACUAGGAGGUCCCUUCCAUGCCACUCUGAUUGGCUAUAGCUGUUUGGUGUUACUCGUCUGUUUGCUUCGAGUGGCCGAAUUGCCAGGAGAGGAAAAUGCCAUGUCGCUCGCUUUGAUCCUGGGCUGGUGUAACAUCAUGUAUUUUGCACGUGGAUUUCAGAUGCUCGGACCGUACAUGAUCAUGGUGCAAAAGAUUUUGUGUGGUGAUGUAGUGAGGUUUAUUUGGCUGAUAACUGUCACACUGCUCGCAUGUACCACUGCUAUGUGGAUGAUAUACAUGACCCAAGACCCAACCAAAGUCCCCUCCUUUAGAUCUUUCGGUGUUACCCUGUUCUCCGAGUUUGAGGUCUCCAUAGGCCUUGUCGACCUCAUUGUCGACAACAGCCAGCCCAACCCGCCAAUCGUCUACGUGCUACAUGUCGUCUUUUCAUUGGUUUGCUCCCUUCUCAUUAUCAACCUGCUGAUCUCCAUGAUGGGCGACACGCACUGGAAGGUGACUCAGGAGAGGGAUGAGUUGUGGAAGACCCAGUUGGUCGCCACCAUACUAAUGCUGGAAAGAAGAUUGCCCCGAUGUCUCUGGCCUCGGAUAGGGGUGAAUGGAGCGGAGUACAAUCUGGGGGAUUGCUGGUAUCUCAGAGUGGAAGACAGAAACGAGCCGGACACUAAAAAGACGCAUCAGCCUGUUAACUCCUCUUCAAGCGAUAGCGUGAAAAAUGAGCCGACCUCAUCUCUGGUGGACAUUGUUCGCAAAGCCAAGCCAAUAAUGAUGGGUGGAGCAGGCAGGGGAAGAGGAAAGAGGAACUGGCAAGUGCUCAAGGCAUCAUAUGUGGCACAGAAGCAAAAAUCAGCCAACACAUAGAUGAGAGCCAAAUAUGGUGUAAUCAAACCAAGCAAAACUAUUUCUAUAGAUUAAAUACACAGAAUGAUAUUUACUGUAUAAUAUUUAGGGAUAUAUGCAGGAAGUGGACACAAAACUGAAGAAAUUAUAUGUGACAUAUAAACAAAUUUCUUCCCCAUACAUGUAUAUGCAUUAUAAUCGUGUGCAGGGAUUUACAGGAAUAAUAACCAUUGAUUCCUACAACUUUACUGGCACUGUUUACAUAUUGCCACCAUGUCUCACUUUUCUGUAUGUCAAAGAAUAAAAAUGGAUUAUGAAUA